GGCUGGGGCGGGGGGCUUGUCUAGUGCUCUUGCAGCGCCAGACAAACGCUAAUAGUAAUACACAGUGUUAGUAACUCUAUAAAAUACAGGCCAGCAGCGAAGUGUUUGUGUGAGAUCGCGAGAUGGAGGGAACUGAAAUUGAUGCAAGAAGUGGAUUCUGCAAAUCCAACUCCAUCUUCUACAAUAAACGGAAGCCACUGCCGCUUCCUCAAAAGUACUCACUCGACGUCACCGCUUUCAUCUCCUCCCGCGCCCACCACGGCAAGCUUGGUUUCAUCGACGCCGCCACUGGCCGCCACUUCACCUUCCACCAACUCUGGCAGGCUGUCGAUGCCGUCGCCACCUCUCUCUCUGACAUCGGUAUUCGAAAGGGCCACGUCGUCCUCCUUCUUUCCCCCAAUUCCAUUUACUUUCCCGUCGUCUGUCUCGCUGUCAUGUCCCUUGGGGCUAUCAUCACCACCCGCGAAAUCUCCAAGAAAAUCUCCGAUUCCAAGCCUUCCCUUGCCUUCACGAUUCGGCCCCUACUAGCCAAAAUCACCGCAAUUUCAAAUGUACCGAUCGUUCUCAUGGAGGAAGACGAAGGCGCCCCCAUCACAGAGCCUAAAAUCGUGACCACGCUGGGCGAGAUGAUGAAGACGGAGCCCCGUGCUAGCCAAGUCAGGGAUCGAGUUUACCAAGAUGAUACUGCGACUUUACUGUAUUCGUCUGGUACCACGGGUCCAAGUAAAGGCGUGGUCUCGACGCACCGGAAUCUAAUGGCAAUGGUCCAGAUAUUUUCGAGUCGACUCAAUAUGGAUAAGGAGGAGACUUUCAUAUGCAUUGUCCCUAUGUUCCAUAUAUACGGUCUGGUGGUGUUCGUAACUGGCCUUCUGGCUGCAGGAUCGACGACAGUGGUGCUGUCCAAGUACGACAUGGACGAUAUGCUAUGGGCGAUCCAGCAGUACCGUGUGACGUACCUGCCGCUAGUGCCGCCUAUAUUGGUGGCGAUGAUAAAUGGGGCGGAUGCGAUAAAGGCGAAGUACGACUUGGGGUCACUGCAUUCGGUGGUGUCGGGUGGGGCUCCACUGAGCAAGGGGGUGAUAGAGGGCUUUGUGGACAAGUUCCCGAACGUCACAAUUCUCCAGGGUUACGGGUUGACCGAAUCCACGGGAGUCGGGGUAUCCACGGACUCACUCGAGGAGAGUCGGAGGUACGGUACGGCGGGGCUGUUGUCACCGGGCAUGCAGGCCAAGGUCGUUGAUCCUGAAACUGGAAAGGCUUUGCCGGCUAAUCGGACCGGUGAGCUCUGGCUCAGAGGGCCCACUAUCAUGAAAGGUUAUUUCAGUAAUGAGGAAGCAACCACCUCAACCCUUGAUUCAGAGGGAUGGUUGAGGACUGGGGAUAUUUGCUACAUUGAUGGCGACGGAUAUAUUUUCGUUGUUGAUAGGUUGAAAGAGCUUAUUAAAUACAAGGGAUAUCAGGUCCCCCCAGCAGAACUAGAAGCCUUGUUGCUUACUCAUCCUGCAAUUUCAGAUGCAGCUGUCAUACCGUUCCCAGAUAAGGAGGCUGGGCAGUAUCCAAUGGCAUACGUAGUGAGGAAAAGUGGAAGUCAUGUAUCUGAAAAGGAAAUCAUGGAUUUUGUGGCAGCACAGCGUAACAAGUUGAUGUGGCUGGUUGAAAAAGGCUGCUCCAUACAAAAGAAUUCGAAGAGUGGCAUUUAUUUCUUCAAUACCAAAGAACGCAUCAGGAAAAAUCAUCAGGAAGGAUCUCAUCAAGCUCGCCACAUCUAAACUUUGAGGCCUCUGGAGCUUUCGAUGUUGAUCGUAUAUGGUGAUUUCCUAGCUGGCUCUCUGUUUUACUGGUCAUGCUUUUUGUAUAACUAGUUUUUUGCCCCGUGCACCUUGUUUUUCUUCGUUUACAAAUUUUGUUUUGAAAUGGUUUCAUGCAGUCAUUUGACAACUAAGAUAAAAUGGCAGACUAUAGGAGGUGAGAUUUAAAUCCUUGUAGAGUGGUAAGCUCAGACUUUGUUAUUUUGGGUCGUCUUUCAGAAAAAAUGCAUGACUGAAAGGGAGGAUGAUUUUCUAGUGAUGUUAUAGUCUCUGGAGUUCGACCUCAUAAUGAGUCGACAAAAAGUCAUCUUCCUAAGAAAUUAGAAUGAUAUGUUCAGUGUUGAAAUGAAAUGGAAGUAUUUAAGGA